GGGAGGGGAGGGAACAUGGAGCGGGGGCCGGUGGUGGGGGCAGGGCUGGGGGCCGGGGCCCGAAUCCGGGCACUGCUGGGCUGCCUGGUCAAGGUGCUGCUCUGGGUGGCUUCUGCCUUGCUGUACUUUGGAAGUGAACAGGCUGCCCGGCUCCUGGGCAGCCCCUGCUUACGGCGCCUCUACCAUGCCUGGUUGGCAGCAGUGGUCAUCUUUGGGCCCCUUCUGCAGUUCCAUGUCAACCCUCGGACUAUCUUCGCCAGCCACGGCAACUUCUUCAACAUAAAGUUUGUGAAUUCGGCAUGGGGCUGGACGUGCACCUUCCUGGGGGGCUUCGUGUUGCUGGUGGUGUUCCUGGCUACCCGGCGCGUGGCGGUGACUGCCCGGCACCUGAGCCGGCUGGUGGUGGGGGCCGCAGUGUGGCGGGGGGCCGGCAGGGCCUUCCUGCUCAUCGAGGACCUGACUGGUUCCUGCUUCGAGCCUCUGCCCCAGGGCCUGCUGCUGCACGAGCUUCCCGACCGCCGCAGCUGCCUGGCAGCCGGCCACCAGUGGCGGGGCUACACGGUCUCCUCCCACACCUUCCUCCUCACCUUCUGCUGUCUGCUCAUGGCUGAGGAAGCCGCUGUGUUCGCCAAGUACCUGGCCCAUGGGCUGCCAGCCGGGGCGCCCCUACGCCUAGUCUUCCUGCUCAACGUGCUGCUGCUGGGCCUCUGGAACUUCUUGCUGCUCUGUACCGUCAUCUAUUUCCACCAGUAUACUCACAAGGUGGUGGGUGCUGCAGUGGGGACCUUUGCCUGGUACCUCACCUAUGGCAGCUGGUAUCAUCAGCCCUGGUCUCCAGGGAGCCCGGGCCACGGGCUCUUCCCUCGGCCCCACUCCAGCCGCAAGCAUAACUGAAAGAAAUAAAGGCAAAUCAGGCCUA